CACCCCGCGCCCGCCUCGCGCGCUCACGCCCCCACUGGCUCACCUGCACCCUCGCACGCGCGCCCUCACACGCGCUCACGGUCCCACUCCUGCCCGCUUCCCUGCGGCGGCGCGAGAGCGCCGAGGGGACCCACGGCCUUCCCAUGGCUGACCUGAGCUUCAUCGAAGAUUCCGUCGCCUUCCCGGAGAAGGAGGAGGAUGAAGAGGAAGAGGAGGAGGGGGUGGAGUGGGGCUACGAAGAAGGUGUGGAGUGGGGCUUGGUGUUUCCCGAUGCUAAUGGGGAAUACCAGUCUCCCAUUAACCUAAACUCAAGAGAAGCUAGAUAUGACCCCUCACUUCUGGAUGUCCGCCUCUCCCCAAAUUAUGUGGUCUGCCGAGACUGCGAAGUGACCAAUGAUGGACAUACCAUUCAGGUUAUCCUGAAGUCAAAAUCAGUUCUAUCAGGAGGUCCAUUGCCUCAAGGGCAUGAAUUUGAACUGUAUGAAGUUAGAUUUCAUUGGGGGAGAGAAAACCAGCGCGGUUCUGAGCACACAGUUAAUUUCAAAGCUUUUCCCAUGGAGCUCCAUCUGAUCCACUGGAAUGCCACCCUGUUUGGCAGUAUUGAUGAGGCCGUGGGAAAGCCACAUGGAAUUGCCAUCAUUGCUUUGUUCGUUCAGAUAGGAAAAGAACAUGUAGGUCUGAAGGCUGUGACUGAAAUCCUCCAGGAUAUUCAAUAUAAGGGGAAGUCCAAAACAAUACCCUGCUUUAAUCCUAACACUUUAUUACCAGAUCCUUUGCUGCGAGAUUAUUGGGUAUAUGAAGGCUCUCUUACCAUCCCACCUUGCAGUGAAGGUGUCACCUGGAUAUUAUUCCGAUACCCUUUAACUAUAUCCCAGCUACAGAUCGAAGAAUUUCGAAGGCUGAGGACACACGUCAAGGGAGCUGAACUUGUGGAAGGCUGUGACGGGAUUUUGGGAGACAAUUUUAGACCCACUCAGCCACUUAGCGACAGAGUCAUUAGAGCUGCAUUUCAGUAGCCAACGAGAACAGGAACGAGACUGCCUUCCUCUGGGGAGGAAGACAACGAUCCUAUAGUGCCCUUGGAUGAGAAACGGAAACUUUUGAGCCGCACCUUCAGUUUAUCCUCAAAGCCUGCGUUGUUUGUCUUCAUCUAAUCCAGCUUUGAUGGACAUCUGUGACAGUUGCCUAUACACGUGCUCUAAUGAAAUAUUAGAAGUGGCUGUACAUUCCGAAGAAACCCAGUGUUGUAUCCCCACGUCACUGCUGCUAGUAUUCAUAUUUUUGCACAUACUGUUGAUUGCUUAUGUGUAGAAGAAAUGAAACUAGUUUUCAGAGUUGUUAUUAAUAUGAACAUAUAUCACGUAUUAAUACCGAGACAGGAAAAAUACAUUCCCGGUGUUAGCAAUCCUUCAUUUCCUGUCUCCGAGAGAAAAUUCCGUCAUUCGGAGAAUAAUGCAAUUCUUGAUAAUAAAUAAGAGGUUUGAUCAGGAACAGCACACGGCUUGAAAAUGGAAUGUGAAGGAUUAGUAAAAGUCCUAUCUCAUGUUGUUUUCAGCCCUCAUAGCACAAUUAAUGUCAGGCUGGUUAUUAUGCAAAACAAUUUGGGAGUUAAUGCAAGAACAAAAUUGCUUUAUAUAUUUCUCAAAGGAUCGAAUUGAAUGUAUGAAUCUAAUUGUAUUUAUUUGACAUAUUAGAAGCUCUCGUUUCUAGGAGUUUGAGAAAGGCAUAAAAAUAGGGUAAAACGUAAGUGGGUACAACAUACCAGGAAUAGCUUUAUUUUCCACGAUAGAAGCCUAAAUUUAAUAGCAUUCUAUAGUAAUUUAGUGUUGUACGUUUCGUAAGACCUUAAGGUAUUUUAUUCUAUGGACUUUAGUAUAUUGAGCCAUUGCUUUCCAAGAUGAUCAGUAAUAUCUUUAUUUUAAUUAAUUUUAAGCACUACUGGUAAAUGUAAGCAUAUGCUUAGAUGCAGUUAGAUGUGACAGAAUGAGAUAAUUUUGUAAAGCAGUAGAGUGCCUGGCACAAAGCAAGUACUUAAUAAAUGUUAUCUGUUGUUAUAAUUACUGUUGUAAAACCGAAGACUUCAUAAUCCCAAUUCGGAGGGAUUUUGUGAUGCCAAAAGUUGGAAAUCCUACAGGUGCAAUAAGUGUGUGUUGUGAGAUUUUAGGUGUGUUGGAUAGAGGCUGUAGUAGUGAAAACAUUAAAUACAAAUAAAAAU